UAUGAAUGCCAUUUCAGGCCACCAAUUUGCUUGGCGAUUUGCUUGUGGCUGUACCAGUUAUUCCUCACCUACUACGUAUUUCGAGACAGAGACUUUCCGAAUAUCACAAUCACUGUUGAUAACAGGCAAGUUGAUACGAAAUAAGUAAGUAUUUCAUGUGCCAUUUUUUUCCUUUUUUCUUCUUCUCCAUUUUCUUACUGAGAUGGUUUUUCCACAGACGGUUUUAUUCUAUUAUGUCGUACUUCUUCUUCUUCUACAAUAUACUUCUUGGACUGUUCUCCUGCAUCAUGCGAAUUCUAAAAGGCAUGAUUUUAGGAGUGAUCUUCAUCUCUCGAAUCGACCGAACCUCACUUAUGCAGGGAUUCCAGACUUGGGACAAAGGUAUGGAAGCAAGGGGGGAGGGGUGAGGAUUAGUUGUAAACGUUAGAAAUCGGUCGUGAUGAGUCACGAUCAAUCUGCUUGGAGGUGAGCCAGGAAGAUUGGUUCGAAUUCAGCAAGUCGAGGCUUAAAAGUAAAUUCUGUAGGAGAAAUAAUUAUCAUCAAACGACGAACUCGUCUAAUAUAAUAAAAAGACAAGAAAAAAACGAACGAACAAACAAAAACAAAACAAAAUGAGGCAUUUUUUUUUUUUCUGUUCUUUUGCGUGUUCGUGGGUAUGUUUUAGUUUGCUUGCUAUUUCAUCUGCUCAGGGUCUUCAUGGUAUCAUCUUUUUUUAACGCUAUUUUCCAGCCUUCGUGGCAUAUCUGGGAUUCAUCCACAUACUGGUGGCUCACAACCACCCUGUUAUGCUGAUGUUUUGCCAGCUGCUCAUCAACAGCAACAAGGAUCGUCAAUAUGGCACAGUGGGGAGGGAGGGUAAGGAAGAUACUAACAGUAUUAGAGGAGUAAAGGGUUUGGACUCAGGGUUUUUUAAACAUUUAGUCUUCGACUCCAUCUAAAACAAAAUGAUUAUGAUGAUAACGGUAUUGAUAACAAUAACGUUGUGGAAGGAUUAGAUUAACGAUAACAGUUGUGAUAAUAAUAGAGAUUAUGAUGAUGAUAAUUAUAGUGAUAACGAUGAUGAUGAUAAUUAUAGUGAUAACGAUAAUGAUGACGAUGAUGUUGAUUAUUAUUACCAUUAUAAAAUGAUAAUCGAGCUGUUUGUUGAGCACUGAAGAAACUGAAGUAAAAUAAUUAUUCAAUAUCUUAACUUUUCAAAUUUAUUUCCAAUAAAAACAUAAAAAAGCUUUAAUGCCUGUAAAUAUAAGGAAAUGAAUAUGGAAGCGAUCUUCGAAGUAAUGAACAAAGAAAUUCAGGCCUGACAGGAUUUGAACCAACGACCUCUGCAAAGCCUGUACAGCGCUCUACCAACUGAACAACUGAACCGGAAAUGCAGUGAAACGCAACUAAUCAGGGGGCGUAGGGCAUUUUAACAGCCUCUUCGGGCAGGCGUCUUUUCUCCCCUCCCCCGCCCCCUACCCCCACUGUCCACUCUAACUGCAAAUCAAAAAUGGCCGGUCGAACAAACGAUCGCGAGCUUUUGGCAUCAGCUCGCACUAACAAGACGCCUGCACUUCAGGCUAUCGAAGUAAUGAACAAAAAAAUUCAGGCCUGUACAGGAUUUGAACCCAUGACCUCUGCAAUGCCUGUACUGCGCUCUACCAACUGAACUAACAAGUCAACUGGGGGCUGGUAAUUAUAUUGGUUCCAAAUAAACCCGUCUAUAAGUAGUGUUCAAUACUGCGAAGAUCGCUUUCAUAAUUUAUUUAUCCGCAGUUCAUGUACAUGAUUUUCAUUUAUAUUUACGGUCAUUUAAUCACCACCCUUAUCAGUUCGAGCAAGUAAUUUUCGUUAUGGCGGAUAUAUAGAAAUUGUAUACUUUCGGGAGUUUUUCGUCCAUCGAUGGAUCAUCUUUGUUCACUCUAGAGUUACCAGGCCUAUGUGUACAAAAUUCGCAUUCAGAGGAUCAGAGUUCUGCUGGUGAGUUUCGUCGCUUUGAUCUUGUCCCUUUUUGGGAAGAAAAAACAUUGGCGAUUAGUUGUUCCACCAGUGUAACAUGUAAUGACAAACUGUCAUUUCUUUGUUUUUGCUCCAGUAUUUGUUUGUAAGUUUGUUGUUUGUUUGCCUUUUCUAAAAAUACAGAACAUAAUGUCUAGCUUGGGCUACUUCCUUUAAGAUUUGAGGAGGAAGUUUGUUUCAUUCGUCUUUUUUUCGGAUUCAUUCUAGUACACGUGAGUAAGUGACGUCGGGUUUUGUCAUUUGUAUGUCUUGCUGCAGUCACGUGCACGUCUGUUGCCACUCAACAUUUGAUGUAAGACACCUUCAUAGCAUAUUCAACACAUUCUUAAAAGGUGAAAUUGUUUAAGAAGUUUGAAGGACCAUCUACCAAGUCUCCUUCGUGGCCGUUUUUUGUCACGUUCCGCAGCGCGAUCCAUUGGAGGGGAGAGAGGGCGUUGUGUUACGAUAUCAAACAACAGCUGCGACCUACAUUAGAUUGCGACUUAGACUAGUUGGCUUGACUGAGUAUUCCAUACCAACCGUAAUCUCAUUGUCGCUUUGGCUUUGUCUUGUUUACUUUUUAUUUAAUUUUUGUCUGUUUGUUUAUUGAUUUUUCUUGUUUUGUUAAAGGUCAUCCUGAGGCCCGUGUAUUCCGGCCACCACACAUGUCUCACCAGGCGAUCAACCGCUGGUUCCUUGCUUUCACGCUUCUUCGAAAUCCCUCUCUCGUCAAGUAUCGCCGGCGGUGUGCCAGAGAAGCCAAAAAAUGUAGCGUCUCUAUUGAAGAUGCAAACUAUGGAUCCGUCACACCGAUUUGA